AAUAUCGUAUCUGAUAACACGUUGACUAAAAGUGACCAUAAGUAAAUUAUAUCCUCGUUGAGAAAGGAUUAACUGUGAGCUAGCUAUAUAAGUCAAACACCUGAAGACUAAGUAGGGUAAAUCAGAAUUUCUUGUAGUAUUUGCCCCCAUCAUUAUAUUUUUAUCAACAAAUUAUUUCUCCUCGUUCUUUCUCUCUCUAAUCCUUGAAAUUUCCUCGUUCUUUCUCUCUCUAAUCCUACCAUGGCGGAUAGACAAAUUAUCGAGAACAACGAACAACAACAAGAACAACCACAACCACCACAACCACCGCAACAACCACCAGUACAAGGUGUACAACUGCCUUAUCCAGGUUUCAGAUUUGAUCCCACUGAUCAUGAACUCGUUAAAGAGUAUCUCGAGUACAAGACCAACGGCAUUGAGUUGCCCUUUAAUCCAAUGUAUGAAGUUAAUAUCUAUGAAUUCCAUCCUCGAGAUCUUACUGAACAAUACCGAGCACAAGGAAAGGAUAACGUAUGGUAUUUCUUCACUCUAAGGGAAAAAAAGUACAAGUUCGGAAACCGUCCAGCUAGAAAUGCCGGUAAUAAUGGAUAUUGGAAAGCUACCGGAGCUGAUGUAAAAAUCAGGGAUGAUAAUGAUGAGAAUAAAGUGAUCGGACUCCGAAAGUCUUUGAAGUACUUCGAAGGAAGACAGGUAGGUACAAAUCAGAAGACAGAGUGGAUGAUGCAUGAAUAUCAAACCCCAGAUCAAGCCGAAUCCUCCAAAGCCAAAACCGAUGAACUAAAGAGGAAAAGACAUGCACCUAAGAGUAUGAGGUUGGAUGUUGUGCUAUGCAAAAUCUAUUUCAAGAAGGAAACAGCCAGAAAGAAGCCAGCAGAUAAAAAAACAGUACAAGUUACAGACAUGGAUGCAGCCGGAAAUCAGCCAGAAGGCAGCCGGAAUGCAGGACAAGUUAAAGAGAAGAAAGCUGCGACACGAAACAGGACACCAAGAGUAAACAACUCAGCUGCCAAGGACAAAGGCAAGGGCAAGGGCAAGGGCAAAGGCAAAGUGAAAGCAGACGAUAAUAAUAACCAAAUUGAACUGCCUUUAGCUUCUGAAAUGAACAAUAUCAACCAAGAGUCUAACUACAACACCGGCAACUCCACCACCACCCCGUAUUUCGACGGCGAAGCGGGGUCAUUUGGUUGUUAUGAUCAUCUCGGUGACAUCAAUUUCAACAACCCGACGCCGGUUUAUAGUGGCGGUGUUGAUUUUUUUGAAGGAGUGCAGCAAUUCACAGCACCUGCAGGUAAUCAACCUUAUCAAACCAAUGGCUGUCUUGAUCCUCAAUCGUCUUUCCCUCAUCCACCAAUAAUGCCACAACAACAACAACCCUUUCUUGAUCCAUCGACAUCAACGUCGUUGUCGUCGUACUCUAUGGUGCCCCCUCUCCUGAAUCGUGAAUGCCCAUCACCUAAUUAUGAUGAUGCUAAUUACAAUAAUGGCCCGGGCAUGCAGCAGAGGUGUUUUAAUGGUAAUAAUAAUAACUACUACCCAUCAUACCCUAGUGAUCAUGACAUGGUAAGCUUUAACAAUGGUGUAGUACCGUCACAGCAAUUACCACCUAUGCCGGGUUUUACCAACGUAUUUGCAGCAUCAUCAUCAUCAUCAUCAUCAGCUCCAGAUAGGUUGAUGACCGCAAGUGGCGCCGGUAUAUACUUUCCCUCAACACAUGGAGGUGCAAUCGAACAAGCAGGCAAGGUGGAAGAGAAUAAUGGAAGUUGUGGUCAGGAUAUUUACGACGAUCUUGAAGCGAUUCUUAAAAAAUUUGGGAUGUAGAUGCGGAUCAGGAUCAGGAUCAGGAUCAGGGUAAGGGGUAGUUCUAUUGUAGUAGUGUACAAGUCUUUAAUUUGGCAGGAUUAAAGACUUGUACAAAACUUAUGAGUAUACAGUAGUUUUUAUGGGUCCCACUCUUGUGUCCCAUUAUAUACCACUUGUUUCUAUUGGUCCACCUCAUUAAAAUAUAGUAACAUGUUAUUGCUUUUUUUUUCCUGAUUUUUUUUAUUUAUUUUCUAGUCCUCCUAUCACAUUCUCUCCUAUCACAUUCACAAAUUAAAAUGUUUUGUAAGCGUUAAACUAUAAUUUAGUUUCUUCUAUCUCCACAAAAUCCUAAUUAAACUAUUUUGAUUACCCGAACUUCCGUCUCUACAAUGGAUUCUAAUAAUCAAGAAGCAUUCAUGGGUGGUCUUGUCACUUUACCAUCUAAGGUAUGUAGAAUUCAAUUGAAUAUUUUUUUGGUUUGAAUCAUUUUUAUACUAAAUACGAAUAUGAGAAGGAAAAGAAUGUCAUGUAAAAGAUUUUGACAAUAAUCAUGUUAAUUAGCAGCCAUUGUUGUCAAACGCCAGCGUAAAAGUGAUUAUUCUCAGGAUAUUGAAUCUGUUUCUUUUCUUUUAAUUCGCGGGCUAACAUAUUAUUGAUUAUGAAGAUCAGAUGCUAACACAAAUCCUUCGCUUAUUUGUAUUUUAUCCUAUAAGUAAUUUAUUCUAUGUGCACAAUUUAUGAUACUUAUGAUUACAUAUUCGUAUGAGAUGAUACUAUGUUCAAAGUAGAAAAUUGUUAGUGAGCUACGGGGAUCUGAGCAAUCUUCCCUUCAAAACAAAAUACAACUUUGUCAAUCCUACAACAACUAAGAAACCAAGUGAAUAAGGACUAAUUAGGCGUGGAUACAAAAAAAAAGUAUUGGUAGUUUACAACAACAAAACAAAAAAAAUAAUCAGUCGGAAAAAUAUAUUAAAAUUUGAGGACUAAAAAAUUAAAUUAUGACAAUUACAAUUCCUUAAUUAAAAUUAGAGGGAAAAAAGCAAUAAAAAGUUAUUAUAAUUUAAUGAGGUGGACCAAUAAAAAUAAGUGGUGCAUAGAAUAGGACACAAGAGUGGGACGGAGGAUUAUUAAUAGCUACAAUAAUAAAUGUAGUUACUUUUGUUUUCAAUCAAGUGUCAACCAUUUAAUUUUGGAGAUUAAUC